AUGAUGCUGGAUAAAGUCAGGAGAGCAUACCACAAAGUGAGCCGCAAAGAGCAGACAGCCAGGGAGCGAGAGUUACACGCUCAGGGAAAUCCGGACGUCGCCAUCGACAAACAGAAGAAGAUCCAGGAGGAGAGAGAGCUGGCUCAACAGGAGGCCGAGAAGGUUCGUGCCCGCUAUGAGAAAGUCCUUGAGGAGGUGAACCGCUACGCUCCACGCUACAUGGAGGAGAUGGAGUCCAUCUUUGACCAAUCGCAGGACGAGGAGCGCAAGAGGAUUGUUUUCCUCAAACAGGCCUUUCUCUCCAUCCACAAACACCUGGACAUUACCAACAAUGAGAGUGUGAGGGCCGUGUACAAUGAGCUCCACAACACACUGAUGGCCAUCGAUGAGCAUGAGGACCUUCGGUGGUGGAAAAACACCCACGGGCCCGGCAUGCCCACCGACUGGCCUCACUUUAAGGAAUGGACGCCCGAGAAGAAAACCAAAAAAGUGAAGAAGGAAGUAGAAAAGAAAGAAACAAUAGAGAAGAGUGGGAUGAUUGGAGGAGUGAGAGUAAAAGCGCUGUAUGAUUAUGCUGGCCAGGAGACAGAUGAGCUGUCAUUUAAAGCAGGUGAGGAGUUUUUGAAGAUUGAGGAUGAGGAUGAUCAGGGCUGGUGUCGGGGGAUGAGAGACGACGGGUGUGAGGGGCUUUACCCGGCCAACUAUGUGGAGGUGGUGUAAUCAAUGCAUCUAGAGGGUAAAUGGAAGAUCUUGUUACAUCACAUUCUUCAUUUUAUCAUGGAUGUCACAACCUGGUUUAAUAUCCAGAUGUCAGAAACAUCAUACCAAUGCUGUAAAACACCAAGUAGCUGUUAGCCAAAGUUCUGGUCUGUGAUUAGAGUAUGAUCACACUUAAGAGGAUAUUUUAAGCAAACAGAGAUUUUUUAAAACUAUCUAGGUUGUGUAAUCUCUUGAAGGAUUUUGAGAAAUGUUUUAAUAUAUACAGUAUGCAUAGACCACUUGUAUUGAAGCCAUAUGAUAAACGAUGCUUUAAUGUAAAAAAGAGCUCUUAAGGUACACUAUAUAACUAGCCUUUUGAUGCAGAAAUUGCCUUACAUGACUGCUAUUUCCCUUGAGCUGUUUUUAUCACUUUGCACAUCAAACAUUUCUAAUAAAAGCUUCACAAAGCCUCUCAACAUAUGAAGAAAGUGACGCUAAUACUGUGAUUAUAAUUAAUCCAAAGCAAUAAAGCUCAAGUGGAGUCAGCUUGAUGGAAGUAGAUAGCUGCAUGACCUUUAUUUCUCUUCUGUUUGUGUGGUUUAAAGGGACAGUUCAACAUUUUUAGGAAUAUCGUUGUUUACUGUCAAAUACACAAUAAUAUUGAUAUUAGUUUCAUCUCUAUGUGUGAGGUUCAAGGGGAAACUGCUAGCCUAGCAGCAUCUACACACAGUCCAGGAACUCUAGUGCUGUCUUAUGUUGUAUCUUGUUUACUGAAAGCAACUAUAAUCAAUAUAUUUUAUGUUAAGACACCCUCAGCUCUACAUAACUUUAUAACUUUAUAGGAUAUUUCAUCCCAUAACGUUUCGGUUCAGUCUCACUGCUCUCAUCAGAUUUGUUUUUAGCUACAGCUACAGCUGCUUUCAGCAAAACUUGUAAACAACAUAAACACGACUCCUGUGGAGCUCUGCAUACUUCGGGGCGGCUAAAGCUCAGCAGAAGAGUGGGUUAUCCAUUACUUGCAGGGUUGGUGGUUCAAUCGCACAUUGAACCUCAAAAUUGCUUCUCAUAGUCAUGCAUCUCCACCACCAUCACACUUGUGUGAACGAGGGGCCAAUUGUAAAGCAUUCUGCCCACUAACAUAGAAGAGUACUAUAUAAGUGCAGUCAAUUUAUAUUUUCAUGUUUUUGAUGGAGAGAGGCUAGGAGUUUCACCCUGUUUCCAGUCCUUGUUCUAAGCCAGGACCCAUAAUCUAUGCAUCAAGAUCAUCUAAGCAUCAAGAUGCUUUUGCCAAACAGGGUCCAGGUCGAAAAAUGUCCCAGACGAAACACUAUCUCUGCAAAGAAUAUUUAGAGAUGAAACUUCAUCAGAUUGAUGCCAAACAUUCAUAUUGUUUAGCCUGUCAGACUGUUCCUUUAAGAUAAGUACUGGGGAACAAAAGGUUUUCCAUUCUGUCUGUAAUCUUCUGUUGCUAUACUGUAUGUAUGACGCUUAUCAUGGAAAACAUACCAAAUUAAGGAAAUAGCUCCCAGACACUACUGGUCUGCCUUCUCCUUGUCUUAGCCUUCGUCAGUAGGCUAUUUAUGUAUGUGCUGUUUGUCUUGUAAAAACUAUGCAUUUGCAACUGCCUGUCUUUUGGAAAUAAAUGUUGAAAUUGUUACACA